GGUGCCGGGUUUGGCAACGCUGCGCAGCCAUGGGGGAAAGCGCGGCGGCGGCGCGGCUCCAGGAGGCUUGCCACGAAGGUUAUGUGUUUCCUCUGAUUUGUGCCAACGCCCACGCAUGGUGCCAAAUCUUCAAUGUAUCUGCGCUGCAAGUACCUUUCUUUCCUUAUUCUAGUGGAUACCUCAAUGAUACAAAGCUGAAUGUUUCUGCACCCACAAGAAGCAAAUACAGCUUAUUUUUAGGCGCAGCCUUGGCCAUAAGCUCCAGUAUCUUUAUUGGUUCCAGUUUUAUACUGAAAAAGAAGGGCCUUUUGCGAUUAGCUGAAAAAGGAACCCUUAGAGCUGGACAGGGUGGAUAUUUGUACCUGAAGGAAUGGUUAUGGUGGGCAGGGCUUCUGUCAAUGGGAAUAGGAGAGGCAGCAAACUUUGCUGCUUAUACCUUUGCACCUGCAACUUUGGUAACGCCACUGGGUGCGCUGAGCGUUCUUGUAAGCGCAUUGUUAUCUUCCUGGUUUUUGGAUGAAAAGCUCAAUAUUCAUGGGAAAAUGGGCUGCGUCUUAUGCAUUUUGGGGGCCAUUGUAAUAUUAAUUCAUGUUCCUAAUGAGGAAGAAGUCACAUCGUUGGAGGAGAUGGAACUAAAACUGAAAGAUCCAGCGUUCCUGACAUUUGCCAUUAUUAUAAUGGUGAUCUCACUGGUGCUCGUUUGUUUUGUUGCUCCCAAGUUCGGUCAAACGAAUAUACUGGCCUACAUCUCCAUUUGUUCGCUGGUUGGUUCGUUCUCCGUCUCCUCCGUCAAGGGCCUGGGUAUUGCCAUUAAAGACUUCUGGUCUCACAAACCUGUCUUCCAACAUCCACUUGUAUAUGUUUUGGGGGCGGUAUUGGUCCUGUCUGUCGGUACACAGAUUAACUACCUCAACAAAUCGCUGGAUACAUUUAAUACAUCUCUGGUGACACCCAUUUAUUAUGUCUUCUUCACAACCACUGUGGUGAUCUGCUCCGUCAUCCUUUUCAAGGAAUGGAGUAGCAUGGCGCUUGGUGAUAUCACUGGGACCUUAAGUGGAUUUGUCACUAUAAUUAUAGGCAUUUUCUUUCUUCAUGCUUUUAAAAACAUCAGUGUCACCUGGAACCAGUUGACUUCUGCUGCUAAAAAAGAUCCAGUGUUGCCUCUCAGUGGUUACCAUGUUCAUCAUGCUUUAUUGGAGAACACUGAGACAGGUGACGAGGACAAUGCCCUGGCUAGCUGAGAAAACGAGUGAGAGGAUGUCCACCAUUAAUGCACCCCUAGCUCCUGAACAGCAACUGGAGAAAAUAAAGCCUGGGAAAAUUAACGUCAUUCCUUUUCCUCCACUGACCCUACAAAUGGCAGCACUUGUGUGUAUGGAGCAACAGAGAACUAAGGUUUUGGGAAUAACGGGGGUUCUUGCUGAGGUAACAGAAAAGGAAGUGUAGUGACGGUUUUCCAUAUUCUCCCACCAAAACUUUGGCAGCAUGUGGACUUUCCUGUUAAAGAGUGGUGCUGCUAAAGAGUUUCUUUAGCCAAAUUGUAUAUAAAGCAUCUUGUCAUGUAGCACUCUAUGGUUUUGCUGUUUGAAAUGAGUGCUUUUACAGCUAUCUCGGAGGGUAUAUGUGGAGCGGGGGUGAGGAUUAUGACCUUCCCAAAACCUUAGUUAUUGAAUUUUGUGAAGAUUUUCACCUAGAAGGUAUCUUGAAUGGAAAAAAACUUCUGGCUUUAAAUUAUAGCAGAGCAUUGUACAGUCUCCUGAAGAGGAUCUUUCAUAUAUCAGGUAGCACUGAAUUUUGUAUAUGUAUUCUAAUUCUUAUUACAUGUAUAUUUUUUACUGGAUUUUGUACAACAAAGUUUGUUUUCUCAGA